AUGCAACAACUAUACGUGAUCACAUUAAUUAUUGAUUUGAUUAAAGCAAUAUUCAAUUGCAUCCUUCCUCAAUCAAAGAAUUACAAAGGUAAUGUAGAUGAGCCAGUAAAUCACGAAGUUAAGCAAAAGUAUUCAUAUCCAACUAAGUUUCCAAAAUGGGCAGAACCAGUAACAGAACUAUUUCUUGGAAGAACCAAAAACUCCAUUAAAUUUAGCCCAAAUUGCAAACUGUUUCGAUUUCUUCGAUCUCAAUAUCCCGAUAAUAUCGGAACAGCACAGCAUCCCAAUGGUCCGUUUAUGCUCAAAGGCUGCAACUUGUUUAUGUACAAAAAUCUUCUAUAUCUUAACAAAUUUGUUAAGCUGAAUGAUGAUGAAAUUAGGCUUUUGGGAAAGUAUGCAAUCAAAGACGUCGUUGAUACUUUGAAUGCUGGUCAUUAUACGGUUUGGUGUAGCAUCCUCAAUUGCACUGCAUUUCUUGUAGGUGGAGUCAUAUACAGAUAUGCGAAACUUGUAGGCGCAGAAGAAGAAGUAAUUGAAGAGAUCAAAACAUUUGCAAAAUGCUUCAGAAUGCAUGAUGAUUUUGUUAUAUAUCCAUAUGACAAUUUCCUAACUUUCAAUUAUUCAGAUGGUACGCAAAGAAAAAUUCUUCAUCUGGAUCCAGAUAUGCCUCCAUUGGAAAUUGUCUAUGAUGAUCCUGUUUUUGAAUAA